GCCAAGCGCCGACACUGUGUCAGUAACAGGUGACCGUUGAUGUGCUUAAUGUGGCCCCUUACGUUUACCAGCCAUAGGUAAUAUAUACAGAAAAAUAAUUAGACCCACAUCUGUAGAGAAAUGAUGGCUGGGACGGGAGGCUUGGCGAAACUGGACAUCGGUGUUUUAAGCCCAGAGCAACAGGAGAAACUUCGACAGUUCAAGAUCAAGACGAGAAUCGACAACGAGACGUAUUUGCGGUCGCAUCCAGAAGUGGAGGUACUGAUUGGCGACUUUCUAAGAGAUGUGCUUCAUAAAAGGCCUGCUGACAUCCGUGAGUUUGCUGCAGAUCAUUUCACCAACCCAAACCUUCAUGCAACCAUUGGCUCCAAAAUGGAAGGAAACAGUGUCAUGGAGUGAAACACACCUGACAGUCACGGCGCUGCAAGCUUCUCCUUUGUGUGUUUCUCUGUACAUAACAACGCAUAUAUGGACUCUAGUAAGAACUGAGAUGAUAAUAUGUUUGUGUCUGUCUGCAAGCAUCAUUGUCAGAUUGCUAUCACACAUACACAGGAAGCUGGCUAAAUGAGAAGAUGAUAACAACCAUCCAUAAUGAGUGCGAUUAAAUGUUAAUGAGAAGAGGAUGUCCUGUGGGCAUUACACGCUGUUUGUCACAUCACUCACAUGAUUAUGUAAGGACAUUUUUAAGUUAGUUAAUUGUGGCUCGUGUGCUGAAGCCGAGUUCACACACUGUAAUCUGUAUUCUUCUGUUAUGGGCUGUGUCCACUUAAUUAUAUGGAUUACUUUGAACACAGCUUGUGAAGGGCUGGGAUAAGGGAGAGGUUUACACCAGUCCAGAUAUAAUAUUUACAUCAUUCACUUAUGUACUCAUAAAACUAUAAACUGUUUUCCCUUUCUUUCUUUUUAAAAUUUUUAUUUAUGGUCCAGUGCUUUCUCUAGUUCUUUCCUUCUUAAACACAUAUAAAUUAUUUUUGUUGCAGCUAAAUAUUGGAUACACAUUUGCUUGACAAAUGAAAUUAUAAGUUGAAAACAAAUGAAUGAGUUGACUUUGUGAUUCUAGAUAGGUGUGGUCUCCUUAGUGUCUUUGUCAAAUUAUAAUCUAUCAGCCAUUUCAAUAGCUGGAUCUUGAUCUACUUCUGUGACUGCCUUAAUUUGGUAUUUUGGAGAUGCUGUUUAGGGCUGUCAGCUUUCUUCAUGGAGAAUGUGAAUACAGCUUUUACUUUGUGACUGUCUUCCUUUGUUGGUUUGCUUUGACUGUGUUAUUCUGUUUGGACAGUGCAGCUCUGUACUGGUUUGUGUUGUGUGGGUUUUAUCAGCCCAUCUGCUCCUCCAGCCAACACUCAUUCCUUUAUGAUAUAUUGUUAGCCUGUCAUUCGACAUUUUCAAGUCUAUGUUGGUUUUUCUGAAGAUUAGAAUAAAAGCUGCAGUUAUGAUAAGAGUUCUUUUAAAGAAUUAUCUCACCUUUGUCUAUCAGUGUUGAGUUAAUAAA